AUGCGCUUCUCCGUCGUUUUCGGCCUCGCUGCGGUCGCCUCGGCCCAGAGCCUCACCUCCCUCCUUGCCGGCGAUCUCUCCUCCCUCGCCGGUUUGAUCACCGCAAGCCCCAACGUUGCCAGCCUUCUUAGCAAUGCUACAAACAUCACCAUCUUCGCCCCCAACAACGCCGCCAUCAGCGCCCUGACCUCCUCCAGCAACUUCGCUGCCCUGAACGCUAGCGGACCCAACUUCAUUGCCAACCUGCUCCGAUACCACGUUCUCGUCAACCGCACCGUCCAAGCGUCGGCCAUCAGCUCCACUCCCCUCUUCCCCAACACCCUCCUCACCAACGGCAACUACACCAACGUCACUAACGGCCAAGUCGUCCGCGUCCGCAACAACGGCACCAACGUCAACAUCCAAUCUGGCUACAAGAACUCCGCCCAGGUCGUCUCCUCCGUGAACUUCACCGGCGGCAUCGUCCACGUCAUCAACUCCGUCCUGACCAUCCCGGCCAACAUCUCCACCACCGCCUCCGCCGCAGGCCUCUCUGCCCUUGCUGGCGCCCUCGGCCUGACCAAUCUCUCCCGCACCCUCGACACCCUCAAGGACGUCACCGUCUUCGCCCCCUCCAACUCCGCCUUCGCCAACAUCGGCAGCGCCCUCGGCACCCUUAGCGCGGCCCAAGUCUCCCAGAUCCUGACCUACCACGUUAUCAACGGCACCAUCGCCUACAGCGCCAGCCUCGGCAACACCUCCAUCCCGACCCUCGGCGGCGGCCGCGUCAACAUCACCGUGACCCCGGCGGGCGCCGUCUUCGUCAACCAAGCCCGCGUCAUCAACGCCGACGCCCUCGUCGCCAACGGCGUCGUCCACGUCCUUGACUCCGUCCUCAACCCGAACGGCACCGCCGCACCGGAUUUCUCCGCCACCACCGCCGCCAUCGCUUACCCCGGCGCGAGCUCCACCUCCGCCCUCGGCGCCCUGACUUCGACCCUCCGCACCCCGACCACCACCGCCACCGCCCUCGUCACCACCGGCACGGCCGUCGCUUCGGGUUACACCACUGUCCGUCCGGCGGGCGGUGCGGCCGCGACCACGACCACUUCCCCCGGCGCGGCUAUGCCCAUGGCCACCGCGGCCCUGGGCGCUGUUGCCUUGGGCGGCUGGGUCGCGCUCAUGGGACAGAUGUAG